AUGGUUCGGUCUGGAAAGGAUUUCCCAAGCACGACGGUAGCCGAUCAUGACAUCCGUUUAUAUCGCUUACCGUUUACACCGUUUACACCGUUUACACCGUUUACACCGUUUACACCGUUUACACCGUUUACACCGGGUUGCUAUGGCAACGAGAAGCGUUUCGGACAGACGGACAAACCGGUACUUGGGUCAGCCAAUCAGAGGUUGACUCCGUUUUACACCGUCUACACCGUUUACACCGUUUACACCGUUUACACCGUUUACACCGUCUACACCGUUUACACCGUUUACACCGUUUACACCGUUUACACCGUUUACACCGUCUACACCGUUUACACCGUCUACACCGUUUACACCGUUUACACCGUUUACACCGUUUGUUAG